AUGACAUCAGUGCUUUUCGCGCGCUUCCAACCGGUGACCACGUGUCUCCCUCCGGCCUGCCAGCGGACCAUGUGGAGAAGCAAGAUGGCGGCGCGGUGGAGGGGGAAAGACGGGGAAGUAAAUGCCGGCAACAGCGACUUUAUGGCCAGCAACACCCCCAACGAGCCAGUCCUGAGCAGGGCAGGUGUGGAAGGCGUGGACAUGGACACACAGUCCUGUGUGGAUCACUCCAUCCUGGCCAUCUUGGAAGACUCCACUGUUGCAUCGGAGUGCAAGAGCAGAGCUGAGGAAGAAAGCGAGCGCCUGCUGUCCGCCCUGACUGAGAUGCUGGAUUGUGUGGAGGAUGACGGCAGGACUCUGUCUCCUUUCGACACCCUGCCAGACACAAAGUUCCUCAGCCAGGCAGAGUACAGGGACAACACCGUGGGAUCAUCGUUUGCUCAGAGACUUAGACCAAGAUCUAAAACACCAACUACAGCAUCCACAACUCAGAGUGAUGGGGAGAAAGGCAAGGAGGGCAAACUAGAGAAAAGCGGUCUGUCACAGAUGUUUAAGCUACAAGGCCAGAUGUUUCAUCCCAAAAAUAAAAAGGCAGAUGCCGAAGUCGAGGUUUUUACCUCGACUUCUCUCGUCAGCCUGGUGAAGCUCAUGCAUCCCUACUGUCUGAAGCUCCGUGUGGAGGAAGGGGAUCAGCCGAGGACACAUCCCACCAUAUUCUCCCAGGAAGAGGUGUGGAAGUACGAAAGACCAACUGGAGACAGUGAUGAAGAGAUAAACGUAGUAUCUGAUGACGAGGCGCCUGUAAGAAAGACCAAGAUGCGAGAUGAGGUAGAUGAAAGAAGAGAUAGCGGGCAAGUCCUGAAGAGCGUGCUGUUGAAUGGAAACUCCAGAUCACCCCCAUCCAAAGGGAAGAAAAGAGUGAGCUUUGGCCCCGUUCGAGUGGCUUCAUUGGAUGAAUCGGAAAAUGGAUUAAAUGAGAGCAAUCCCACAAAUUGCCACACUAGUGAAAGUGAGUCACUUCCACUGAACAGCACAAACACACUUGAAAAUCCAGCAAUUGAAGCCUCAUGCGGCAGUAGAGCACUUAUAAACUGUUUGCUUUCCACAACGAAAGCAGGAAAGGAACAUGUUGCGAACUGCCAGGAAAAACUGGUAAAACUUGUGUGGGACGAUGACGUGGAGACAGGAAUUGAAGCGACUGAUCUGACCAGCUUGUUGGAGCAGUUUGAGGAAACACAAGCUAAAGAAGAGAGAGUUUGUGAGAACGAGCCCGCGCUUGUUCGUGCUGCUUCAUUAACGGCGAUGUCCUCUGUGGGACCACUUGAAUCUUUAAGCACUGCAGAAAGUCAAAAACGCCAAGUGUUGGAGGCUGUGGAUAUCCCUGAGCCCCUCAGCACUGAAAUCAUUCUGAGCACUAAGCAGCCUGCAAGACGGAAAAAUCCUCCAUCCAAGGCUAUUCAGAUAAUUGACCCCCGUCCUCUGCCGUCUAGGAAGACUCACACAACUCAGUUAGAGUCAGCUGCAGCUCUUGCUUCUUCUCACAUGUUUGCGCACGUAUCUGCCGAUCACGAUUACUGCGGCUCUGUAGAUCAUUCUCCUGUAAAUGCUUCUCAGCGUAGCAGAGCUAAGCCUCCUUUACUCAAGGAUGCUUCUCAAACCACAAAUGAGCACCAUGUGAUGACCCAGGGCUCGCAAGCUGCAGGUGAAGAGAAGAACCAGAUUACAACUGUUAAAACACAGUCUGUGCUGCAGCAUCAGUUCAAUCAGCCCAAGGCCAGAUCAGAGACCACAGACAGAGCUCUGCAGUUUGCAGACUGUGCUGCCAAAGAAGAUCGUGGGAGGAGUGAAGACAAGACCGCUCCAUGCACCUUCCCGACACCUCCACCCAGCCCUCCUGUCAGAGGCAGAGAGAAGAGGAGAUACAGGAGAAGAUCACCACGGUCCGACUCAAGCUCCAGCUCCCGGUCCUCCUCCUCUUCUUCCUCAUCCAGCUCUGCAUCUCGCUCUCCAAAAAGAUUAAGGCUCCAUCGCAAGCGUUCAGAGAGCAGCUCGUGUUCAUCGUCCCCCUCUUGCUCCGUGUCCCGAUCCCCUCCUCGGCGGUACAGGUCAGGGUGCUGCACACCAAGAUACAGCAGAUCACGGUCCAGAUCUUGGUCCCGGUCCACAUCCCGGUCCCGGUCGCCAUCUCCACAAAUAUGCCGUAAGCGGUGGAGAGACUUUUGCAGCAGCAGAGAGUCCAGGAAGCUCAGGAGAGAGCACGAGAUAAGGAUUCAGAAACUGAAAGCCAUAGACGAGCGCCGGGUGGUGUACGUCGGCCGCAUCCGCAAGUCCAUGACUCACGAUGAACUGAGAGAACGCUUCUCUCAGUUUGGAGAGGUGGAGUGUGUGUCACUUCACUUCAGAGAUAGGGGUGACCACUAUGCCUUCGUUACUUUCUACAACAUGGAAGAUGCUUUCGCAGCCAUCGAUAAUGGUGGGAAACUACGGCAACCUGAUGAGCUGCCCUUUGACAUCUGCUUUGGUGGAAGAAGGCAGUUUUGUAAUACAAACUACACGGAUCUCGAUGCAAACAGAGACGCAGAAGCGUCUCCUUCCAGGACCAAGUUUGAGGACCUCGACUUUGAUUCGUUGCUGAAGCAGGCUCAGAGAGGAUUAAAGACGUAGCAGAGCCGAGAGGACGAACGGCAGCACAAACCUGGAAGAAAAGAUGGAAGCGUUUGCUUUGGGGGUUUUUCCACAAACCUCAGAGCAUUGUGCUCAUACUGGCAUGGGAAAAAUUUGUUAUGAGUUUUCAUGUUUUGCUAAACUAUAUUGUAAAUGCAUGAAGGUUUUUAUGUGUACAGUUUAUAUGUACAAAUAUGUAGCACUUGUAUGCAUGCAGUUACUCGUGUGCAAAGUUGACAUGUAGCACUUGAUGUGAGACAAGGUUUUUAUGGCAUUCCAGAGCACUGAGAAAAGUUUGUAUA